AUGAUGUUCAGUAUGGAGUGCUCAAAUGCACAGAGAGUAAACGUGACUACAGAUUGUGGAGUAGCUCCUCUAAACACACGUGUAGUGGGCGGCACUGAUGCCCCAGCAGGUAACUGGCCCUGGCAGGUCAGUGUCCAUUACAAAAGCACACACAUCUGUGGAGGAACCCUGAUCCACAGUCAAUGGGUGAUGACGGCCGCUCACUGCAUCAUCUCUACUAACCUCAGCACCUGGACACUGUACUUAGGAAGACACACCCAAAACAACCUGGCCAGCAACCCAAACGCAAAUGAAGUAAGGGUUGGUAUUCAGUCCAUCAUCGUCCAUCCAAAGUAUAACAACACACUUUACAAUAAUGACAUCUCCCUGAUGAAACUGAGUCAACCUGUGACCUUCACUCAAUACAUUCGUCCGGUGUGCCUGGCAUCCAAAGGGAGUGUCUUUCACAACGCCACAUCCUGCUGGGCUACAGGCUGGGGAAACAUUGGCAAAAACCAAGCUUUGCCGGCCCCACAGACUCUUCAGGAGGUGGAAAUCCCGGUUGUGGGCAACUCACAGUGUACCUGCCAGUAUGAACCAGCAGGUGGUAAAAUCACACCACUGAUGAUUUGUGCAGGGAGAGCGGACAAAGGAAUCUGUCAGGGAGAUUCUGGAGGUCCGUUACAGUGCAAACAGGGUUCUGUAUGGGUCCAGGCUGGGAUCACCAGUUUUGGGACGAGUUUGGGCUGCGCUAAAGAAGGUUUCCCAGAGGUGUAUUCACGUGUCUCUGAGUUCCACACUUGGGUCGCGGAGAACGUGGAAGGAGCAGCCAUUGGCUUCGUGACCUUUUUGUCCAGCGGCACAGACAGCAGCUUUACAUGCUCUAGCUCUGCCACACUUCACUUCUCACUCUACUCUAAUUUUAGCAUUCUCUUCAUUUACAUUACAUUACAUUUAGUAAUUUAG